UUGAGGAAGUAGACACGGAAAUGUCGUCGGGUCUGUGAGAAGUUGGCAAAUAUUUAUUUAUACUUGUAUUUUGUGUUGAUUCAAGUAAAAUGGACAGAUUCACAUGGUCAAAUGGUCUUCUGGAAAUGAAUGAAACAUUGGUGAUUCAACAACGAGGUGUCAAACUUUAUGACGGAGAAGACAAGGCCAAGUUGGAUGUUGGAAUUGCUCUGCUGAGUACGCACCAGUUAAUAUGGAGGGACCUGAAGAAUCAUGAAUGCUGCAUAGCCAUACCCCUUUCUCAGAUCAUCUACUUUGAGGAACAAGCUGCGGGUAUCGGAAAGAGUGCCAAGAUAGUGGUCCACCUGCAUGUCCCGGCCAAUAAGGAGCCAGGACCCUACCAGCAGAGCAAGUUCUCCUACUUCAAACUGUCCUUCAAAGAGCAUGGACAGAUAGAGUUCUUCCGGAGGCUGACCGAGGAGUUGAGCCAGAAGAGAUGGGAGAGUACGCCCAUGUCACAACCCAUCCCUACGGCAACCAACUCACAGACAGGAAGGACGCGAGCGGUGGGGAUCGUCGGCAUCGAGAGGAAGAUAGAGGAGAGGAGGAAAGAGACAGAGAAAAACAUCUCAGAGGCCUUUGAGGACCUCAGUAAGCUGAUGGUGAAGGCGAAGGAGAUGGUGGAGCUGUCCAGGUCCACCGCCAACAAAAUCAAAGACAAGCAGGGAGACAUCACAGAGGAUGAGACUAUCCGGUUCAAAUCCUACCUGCUCAGUAUGGGUAUAGCCAACCCCGUUACCAGGGAGACGCACGGCUCAGGUACCCACUAUCACCUACAGCUGGCCAAGCAGCUGGGAGACAUUCUGCUGGCACCACUAGAGGAGCGUGGUGGGAUGAUGGCUCUGACUGAAGUGUACUGUCUGGUCAACAGAGCUAGGGGAAUGGAGCUGCUGUCUCCAGAGGAUUUGGUGAAUGCCUGUAAGAUGUUUGAGUCGCUGAAGCAACCACUGAGGUUGCGUAUCUUUGACAGUGGUGUGAUGGUGGUUCAGCUGCAGUCCCACAGUGAGGAGGAGAUGAUCUCCUCGGCCCUGGACAACGUAACUGAUAAAGGCUCUCUGACAGCUGAGGAGUUUGCCAAGCUGCUCGGCCUCUCUGUUCUUCUGUCUAAAGAAAGGUUGUUACUAGCAGAGAAGAUGGGUCACCUGUGUAGAGACGACUCCGUGGAAGGACUACGGUUCUACCCCAACCUUUUCAACAGCCAGGCUUUGAUGUAGACGCGUCCAAAUAGUGCUCUAGUCCCAGUAUAGUGCACUGCUAUUGACCAGGGGUCCAUAGGGUUUUAGUGCACUAUAUCGCUUCUACUAAAAACUCUUCUCCACUCAUGUCUGAUCUGAGGACAGCAUGACCGGUUGUGUUCAAAUCAAAUGUGUUCCAUCAAUGACUGGCAAACCAAAACCCACUUCUCAGUUGUACCGGGUAUACUACAAAGCAGGAUCAAUGAGUUAGCCAACUAACUUCCCUAAAUAUUCUGAAAUGCUUUUUUAUUUUAUUUUUUGAGAAAGAUGCAUUUAAAAAAGUACAUGGUCUAAUAACUGUAUUCAGAUAAUAUAACAUCUCUCAGUUUAACUUUCUUAACGAAUCA